UGCUUUGAACGCAUCUCCACCACCUUGGGAAACAGGGUGUUGUCAAGACAACAGGUAAACUCUGGCCCGAGUAGACAUGGCGGAGGUGCUGAAAAUAAAAAGUGAGGUCGAAGAGUUUCAAAGGGAAUUCUUCCACAGAAACAGUCAAGCUGAGGAGAACAGACAGAAGGAAAACCAGGCAGCCACCCGGAUUCAGAGCUGGUUCAGAGCCUGCAAGGUGCGGGCGUAUCUCAGCCAUCUGCACAAGAAGGCAAUCAUUAUACAGAAGAUAUGGCGGGGCUUCACAGCAAGGGCACGUUUCAGACAAAUGGUGAAGGCUGCAUAUUUUAUCAUGAAGAUGAAUUUCUACGAGGAGAUGGCGGUCAGGAUCCAGCGGAGAUGGAGAGGAUUCUUUGUGAGAAAGUAUAUUCAUAAUUUCUACGCACGCAAGAGCUAUCUGGAAGCACUCUCCAGGAAAAAUGAACUUGUCAGGAGGGAGCUGGAUGAACUUGAGGAACUCCAGAAGAGAGAGAGAGACUGUCUGGAGAUGGUGAAAGAGUACGCAGUCAAGGUCUACCAAGCUCACCGAUUACACCACCUCAUCAGUACGAAGCAGUGCCCAGGGGUUUUCAACUCUCCAUUCAAGCCAGUCCCCCAUGAGAUGGAACAACUGCUGAGGCAGGUCAAGUACCAGACCCCUACUAGACUGGCCCCGAGAGGCAAGGCUUGUCUGUUAGGCAUGCCUCGCCCAACAGCCCCCAGUUUCCCUGGGACUCCUGGAUCCCCAUGGAUGAAAACCACUAGAACCUGCAACUCCUACAGGCCCAUAUUUCCCCCGAUUUCCAGCAAGAAACAGCAGGGUCUGUUUAGAGAGCCGGGGGAAGUGUGGGAGCAACGCGUGCAUUGUCCUGACCUGACGUUGCGUCUGCAGACCUCUUACACACACCUGGAGGAGGCCCAGAAUCAGCUACGACGACAUAAGUCUGUACGACUUCACAGUGGCACUCUAGGAACAGGAAGUACACUCCACCAUCUGACCCACAGCAGCAGUUCCUUUGCUCAGCCAGCCUACGCCAAGAACUUCAGAUAGUAGAUUACACACUGACUCCAAGAGGAGCUGUGUACUCCAAGUCAGGCACUCCAAGAAUGACACACCUCCUCCUGGCCUGAGAAAAUGAAGAGAAGUACAAAUAAAGCAAAGAUUUAUUGUA